UCCUUGUAGGGUUUUGCCAAUCCAAUAUAAGCGGCUGGUACGGUGCCAGCGGGCCCUAUGUCCGUCUUGGCCGGGCCCGCCCUCCGGCAUGUCUGGGGUGGGAAUCCGGGGAGGUGGGUUGGAUGCGGGUGGAUGGGGUUUCUCCAGACAAAUGUUUAUAAGGCCAUGGGCCGGCGACUCUGGGGCUCGAAGAGAUUCGUCCUUCGCCGUUCCUCCUUCCUCUCAGUCCUCACCCCAAGGAAGACCCUCCGCACGUCGACAACAUGGUGGGUGUCAAGGGUGUCAUAUCCGCUCCCAAAGCGGCAUUGUCCGAUCCCAUCCUCUCGCGUUUGGUCGCGGAGGAUACGGUGCCAUGGUACAGGAAGCCUAACAUGCGUCUCAUGUACUUGUGGCUCUUCCUGUGCUGUAUGGGUGUCGAGAUGACGUCCGGUUUCGAUUCCCAGCUCAUCAACACCUUGCAAUUCUCCGACCCCUUCAACAGAUAUUUCGGAAAUGGCUACUACGACACCAAGAAGAAGAAAUUCUCGAUUGAGCCAGCCAUGCUUGGCUUCAUCUCCUCCUGCUACCAACUCGGCUCCAUUCUUGCGGUUCCCAUUGCCCCCUACUGCAACCAGCGAUGGGGCAGGAGGUGGUCCAUCAUGGUUGGCUCACUCAUCAUGGUCGUCGGCUCUAUUCUGCAAGGUUUCUCUCAGCACGUGGCCAUGUACAUCAUCGCCCGCAUGCUCCUCGGUGUUGGCAUUCUCUUUUGCAUCAUUUCCGGCUCUGCUUUGAUCGGUGAACUGGGUUAUCCCAAGGAGCGCCCUAUUCUGACCUCCCUAUUCAACUCCUCCUAUUUCAUUGGAUCCAUUAUCGCUGCCGCAAUCGCCAUCAAAACCGCCGAGAUUAAGGGAAACUGGAGCUGGCGUCUUCCAUCACUUCUACAGAUUUGCCCGUCUCUGCUCCAGAUCUGCACUGUUUACCUUCUCCCGGAGAGCCCUAGAUGGCUUGUCAGCCAGGACCGUGAGGAUGAGGCUUUCGCCGUUCUGACCAAGUAUCACGCUGAGGGUGAUGCAAACUCGGCCAUUGUCCAAGCCGAGAUGGCCCAGAUCCGUUCGACUAUCAAGCUCGAGUUGGAGCAUUCCAAGCAGUCUUGGUGGGAUAUGUUCCGCACUGCCGGUAUGCGUCGCCGUGCUCUCAUCGCAACCUUCAUGGGUCUCUUCACUCAGAUGUCCGGCAAUACCCUUCUGUCCUACUACUCCAACCUUCUCUUCGAGAUGAUGGGCUACGAUACUUCCUUCGCCAAGACCAGGAUCAACAUCGCCAACCAAUGUUGGAGUUUCCUCAAUGCAACUAUCAUCGCUCUCAUUGUUCCCCGCUUCAAGCGCCGACACAUGUUCAUGCUUUCGUCAGCGACCAUGUGUUUGGUCUUCAUUGCCAUGACAGUCUCUUUCAACAGACUUCGCGUUGCAAAGGACGCGGGCUAUAAAAACAACUCGGCGUCCAUUUCCGCCCUGAUCUGGUACUUCGCGUACUCGCCCUGCUAUAACAUUGGAAACAACUCUCUGACCUACACCUACCUCGUCGAACUCUUCCCUUACGCCCAGCGUACUAUGGGUAUUGGAAUUGAGCAGAUCUUCGGCAAGUGCGCUGGGUUCUUCUCCACCAACGUCAAUCCCAUCGCCCUCGAUGCUAUAGAUUGGAAGUACUUGGCCAUUUACUGCGGUUGGAUCGCAUUCGAAUUCGGCUUCGUCUUCACUUUCUAUCCUGAGACGCAUGGUCGUACUCUCGAGGAGCUUGCUUUCUUGUUCGAAGACAAGGAGCUCGCCGACAAGGCCGUUGCAGCCGUCGAGAAGCAGAUCCAUGAGGUGGAAGCUGGGCAUGAGAAAGGUAGUACCACUGUCGUCGAGCGCACCGUUUAGGUCCGGAGACUGUGUUACAGUUGGGUAGUUUUGCA